GUCUACUCGUCAUUCCUUUGCUCGAGAUCGAAAUGCUGUUGCUGACUAGACACUUUCAUUACACAGAGGGCUUUUUCAUUUUCUUGUUGAAAAAUACAAAAAAAAAAUCCAAAGUACGUUCAGGAAAAUAUGGAAAAACAUGUCUCGUAUUGGCGACAGCAGCUGAAGAUUUUUCCGAAAACUCGUUGCUCGUGGACUUAGAUGCCAAUAGUCUCUCCGUUGCUCCUUCGACAUGAUCUCGACUUCGAGUAUAUACAGAUACAAAAACGACAUGUUGUUGCGUUCCGUGCGUCCGCACCUGUGGCCAGGCUCACCGGUCGCUCCAACUACAGCUGCCGUCCGUCGGUCCUAUUUCCACACGACCGCCACGCAAAGUAGUGCAAUAAAGUUUGCAAGGAGGGGCAUUUCAUCAACAUCAAGGUCAUCCUCCUCUAGUACUGCGUCCCAUAGUCCAAGUCCUCACAACACAACUACAACGACCGUCGUCUGUCCACUCCAGGGGAUUAUUCUCCGCGAAGAAGUUGCCUACGCGAGCUUCGGGGAAAACAUUCGGAAAAUUUUUGCGGAACUGCAGGAGAGCGUCUUGCAAGGUAGGGUCAUUAUAGUCUUUUUUCGAGAUACUUUUUUUUGCAUUUUUCUCGGUACAGGCAGCGAUGCCAUUUUAGUCAGCAGCAUUGAUUCGUGUCGCGCGUCUGGCGCGACGACAUUUGCAUUGAUGUCAAGAAGUACUCCUGCAACUCAUUAACCUACGUACAUGCAAACGAAGCGCGUACCUCCAGGUCUCGAACAUUACCGCAAGCCGCGGGUGAUCUUCCAUUGUCCGGUCAAUGGCUUCGUUUUGCAGCCCCGCGAAUCCUGGUUUCAGCAGCUCAUCAAGCGGUACGAGAUCCUGGACCAGAAGGCACCCUUUCUCACGAAGUGCGGCAUGGGUGCGUUUUGCGCAUUUGCCGGGGAAAGUGUGGUCCAGUUGCAGGGAAUCACAAAUUUCGACACUGCAGCCGCUGCUUCAUUCGAUGGUCCUCCGACUGGUGGGAUUACUACGGCCACCAGUACAACAACAACCGCAGAUCAUACAGCCUACCCACCUGCUUUCCUCGACCAGCUAAACUUCCGUCGGCUCCUCGGCAUGCCGGUCGUCAACGUGGUGUAUGUCGGAGGGUUUUUGCAGCUCUGGGUAAGAGCCAUGGAACACUUCUUUCCCACUUCGACCAAACCGCAGUGGAAACCCAUCUUGCUGAAAACUAGUCUGACGACCAUUUUCCUCAACCCGCUGUACGUGCUCGUUUUUCUCGCGGGGACGACCGUUUUGCGCCUUGACGACAGUUGUAGUGAUGGAGCGGGAGGAACGACAGUAACUUCUUCUACUAUGCCUUCUCCAGCUUCAGUACCCACCCGCUCCUUCUCCGACAAGCUUAGCGACGAGGGGUCGUCGCUUUUUUGGGCCGGGUUUUGGUCAACGCCCGUGAUUUUUACCUGCAAGUACUACCUCGUCCCCGAGCGGCUGCACAUACCGUACCUCUGCCUGGUCAACUUUCUCUGGUCCGUGUUCGCGAGCAACGUCGUGCAAGCUAGGCCAAAAUCAACGGAGGGAAUAAUUGUUGAUGUUGUGCCGACUCAACAACAAAAUCAAAAUCCCGCAACUGACGCAGCAGCCUGCGGUGCACCUUCUGCAGAGGACCACCCCAGCCACACUGCUUCACCAAGCCGCGCAGUCAACAUUGCUGGGUCUGCAUAAGAAUAGGAGCAAGCAGUCGGCGAGGAGUGUUCCGAAGCACCCGGCGAGGAGCAAGCAGCCGACUAGACAAGUUGCGUAGUGUGCCAGAUUCCGCUCUUUACUACUGCGGCUGCGUCAAUGGUGCGGACGACACGCACUUUGUGCGCACGUGGAGAAGCCGGAUCGACGAUUUCAGAAGCAACACGAAAAAAAUGAGAAAGGCGAACAACAGCACCAGGAGAAGCUAGUGCCAUGCAUUAGAGGACGAUUGCGUUUGCGACCAGUAGAUUCCGAGAAAAUGAAUUGCCGAGCUACUUGCUUAUGUAAUAUCACCAGCAGCUGCAGCCACAUCAUCAAUAUCAAAAUCAAAUGAAGAAGAUAAGUGAAGCGCCGCAUAUCUGUCAAGGAAAGAGCUGCUCGCCAAGAAAACUCCGGGCAAGUCACGAUCACGAAGCUGCAAAUCUGGCGAUGAACUUAAGGACUCUUCUUGUAUACCAUCAUGAAGAACAACAUAAUUCUACCACGGCACUGCGCUGUAGGUUGAAAGGAGAUUUCAUCAAUCUUCGAGACAGAUGACACGAGGGCUCAUCAUGUUGUGAAGGAGUGAAAUGUUUGUUGAGAUUUUCCUUCAAAUCGUUAUAUCGAUUCUGCACUUCUGUUACGUAAGGAAGUUGUAGUAAGCGCUUGUCCUUACGGCUGCCCACCAAACAUUCGCAUCUCCUGCACCGGCCAGGAGAGGGAACUGAUGUUGAAAUAGAUCUAUCCAAGGCCGCGCGGUCGAUCGGAUGCGAUGCACAGCGGGAGAAAGUAAAGUCAAAUUCGCAUAGUCACUUGUUACAUUUUUGAGAGCUACUUUUUGCUGUUGUCAAGAAGAAUCUUCUAACUGCUGGUAAACAAUGAAAUGGAAAGAGAAACACAAAGACCCGAUAACUACUGCGCUCGCAAUUCUAAGGCCACACGGAAAAAGCUCAUUCCUGACGUAUGUCAUAUCAAGUACACCUCGCGACUGCGCAUCGUUUUCAUGCGUCUCGUAGCUUCGAGCACUGCAGAAGACGGCGCCGCAGAUGAGAAACAACAAGCAUACUACACAAGCGGAC